UAGAGGAGCACAUGAACAUGUAGGCCAAGGGAAGGGAAAGGAGAAGCAAGCGGAAUUUCUGCGCGUGUGAGGGCGCGCACUUGCUGGGAUGGGCAUUUAGCGUUUGCUAAUUCUGAGCGUCCCGCAAGGAGGAGAGGGGCAGCUUAUAAACCCGUCCGCAGCAGCCGCCGCCGCCGCCCGCGAGCGCGCCAAAAAGUAGGCUCGCCUCGACGCCGCGUCCUGGCUCUGCCGGCGCUGGGCGCGGGAUUCUUUCUCGGCCUGGCUCUAGGCCGGAGUUGGAGUUUCCCGCGCUCCGAGAUCAGCUUUCCACCCCGCGCGACGAUGGGCGGCCGUCGCUUCCUGCACGCUUCGCGGCUGCUGAUCCUUGUAGGCGCGCUUGCUUGGUUAGCUCCGGCAGCCGCCCCUCACUACGACGCGGACGAAGGCGACGAUCUGAUCCCUUCCUUCGCUUUCGAGGAGGAGAACCUGACCGAAUUCGGGAGACACCGAAGCGCACCCGCACCCUUCUACCGGAGCAAUAAGGAGGCCUGGCGCAUAUCUGGACAAUACAUUGUGGUGCUUAAGGAGGAAACCCUUAAAUCCCAAACCUCACAAACCGUCAAGCGCUUGCAAGCCAGAGCAGCCAGGCAUGGCUAUAUGACCAAAAUCCUGCAUAUAUUUGAGGAGCUAUUCCAGGGCUUUGUUGUGAAGAUGAGCAGUGAUGUGCUGCAUAUGGCUUUGAAACUCCCACAUGUGGAUUACAUAGAAGAGGAUUCUUACGUGUUUGCUCAAAGCAUUCCCUGGAACCUUGGCCGGAUUGUCCCAGAACAGGACAACCUGAAUGAGUAUAACCCCCCCAAUACUGGUGAACUGGUUGAGGUUUAUCUGCUAGAUACUGGUGUCCAGAGCACCCAUCGGGAAAUCGAAGGGAGAAUAUUUGUGACUGAGUUUGAGAAUGUCCCUGAAGAAGAUGGUACUCGCUUUCACCGCCAGGCCAGUAAGUGUGACAGCCAUGGGACCCAUAUGGCAGGAGUAGUGAGUGGAAGGGAUGCUGGGGUAGCCAAAGGCACCAAUGUCCGCAGCCUCCGUGUGCUCAACUGCCAAGGAAAAGGCACUGUAAGCGGCACACUGAUUGGGCUGGAAUUCAUUAAGAGGACCCUGGCUGUCCAGCCCUACAGUCCUCUGGUUGUCUUGCUUCCCUUGGCUGGCAGUUACAGCCGCAUCCUGAAUGCAGCCUGUCGUCUGAUGGUGCAGAUGGGGGUGGUCAUGAUAGCUGCAGCAGGCAACUACAAAGAUGAUGCUUGUCUAUACUCCCCAGCAGCAGAACCAGAGGUUAUUACAGUUGGAGCAACCAAUGCCCAAGACCAGCCUGCAUCUAUGGGGGCUUUGGGAACCAACUUUGGACGUUGCGUAGAUGUGUUUGCUCCUGGAGAUGAUAUCAUUGGUGCCUCAAGUGACUGCAGCACCUGCUUCAUGUCGCAGAGUGGGACAUCCCAAGCAGCUGCCCAUGUUGCAGGUAUUGCAGCCAUGAUUCUGAAUGCCAGUCCUGCUCUGUCCAUCUCUGAGCUGAGACAGAGACUGAUUCACUUUUCUGUCAAAAACCUUAUGAAUGAGGCGUGGUUUCCAGAAGACCAGAGGCUGUUAACGCCAAACAGAGUGGCUGGGCUUCCCUCCAAACUUGUAGCAGGGGAAAAGCUGUACUGUCGCUCUGUGUGGUCUUCCUUGUCUGACUCAACCAGCACAGCAACAGCUGUUACCCGGUGCAACAGCAAUGAAGACAUGUUCAGCUGCUCAAGUUUAUCAAAGAAUGGCAAGCGGCGAGGGGAGCACAUUAAGGAUUAUGGAGGCAGGAAGGAGUGCGUGGCUCACAACAGAUUUCGAGGCCAAGGUGUCUAUGCUAUAGCCAGGUGUUGCAUUUGGCCCAAGGCUGACUGCCAGGUGAAUAGCCAUUCACAGACCGCAGAAGGCAUAGCCACGAAAAGUGUUAGCUGCACCAAAGAUAGCCAUGUUUUGACAGGCUGCAGUGCUCAUUCUCUGGCUGAAGGUAUCAAUGGCGACAUCAGAGCUGUACACCAGACAGACAGUAGCCGGGCUCACUGCGUAGGCCAAGGAGAAGCAGUAGUGCAUGCUUCCUGCUGCCAUGCACCCAGCCUUGAGUGUAAAGUUCAGGGACAACCUCCUCUGGAGUACCCAAUAAAGGUGAUGGAGACCUGUGAUGAUGGCUGGACUCUAACAGGAUGUAAUGCCCAGUUGCAUAGCCCCAACUCUCUUGGGGCAUAUUCAGUGGACAACACCUGUGUUGUAAUCAGCCGUCCAGGAAGCAAAGGAGCAACAGCAGUUGCCAUCUGCUGCAGAAAGAGGCUCCUAGAGGAUGAGAAGCAAAGUUCCAGUUACAAAUGACAAUUCCACCUUUUUCCCCUCCAACU